UUUCUUAGCGUAUUUUUAGUAAUAAUUCGCCCUAUCUGAUCUGCACAAGUUGUACCUGGCACACCGACCCGCCCGCACGUCGCCCGUCCGUCCGUGCUCCAGCCACCUACAGCCCGGUCCCUGUUCCAGAAGACACGUAUCCGCCAUGGGUCUGUUGGACAUCAUCUGGGAGCACCCGGCGCUGGCUGCCGGCGCCGGCUUCUUCAUCUGCUUCGACGGCUUCUACGUGCUGCGUCUGGGCGUGACGCUGGUGGCGAACCGGCUCCUCCUGCGGCGCGUCUCGCCGCUCACCACAGUGCGAGACUACGGCUACUGUGCGCCCACAGACAUCGACGUGCUCUUCCACAUGAACAACGCCCGAUACGUGCGCGAAAUGGAUUUUGGACGCUGGGGAUACUACAUGCGUAUCGGGGCGCCGAUGUUUAGUGAUAUGAAAGUCCUUCAAGCGGCUAUGCUAGUCCGCUUCCGUAAAGAGAUCUCCAUGUUCACGCCAUUCGUGGUGGAGACGCGUCUGGUGCACUGGGACGAGCAGAGUCUGUUCUUCGAGCAGAAGCUGAUUACACUGCACGACCGGCGCGCGCGAUUCGUCAGCUACUCUCAGCAGCGCGUGAUGGGCUCCAUGGGUCCUCUGCAGCUGCUGGCGGCGGCAUUCGGUACGGAGACGGCCCCGCCGCCUCCGCCUGCCCCUGAGAGUCUCAGAGCGUUCAUCGAAGCCAACAGCGCCUACAAGCGCGACCUGGCGGUCGUGGAGAAGCGGGCGUGACGUGGGAGCGGUGGUGAUGGGUAGGGCGACUUUUACAGCCAGCAGCGGGUCAGGGUGAGAGGAUGGUCGGAUAACUGGAGCAUCUGUAACUUCGUGACCGACUCGGUGUCAUCAGCCCGUUAUCUACCAGAUGGUCGUUAGAUAGUUGUUGUAGCAAUGUGACAUACCUCCAGUUUGUCCUAUUUUGUUGAGAUAUGGUGCGUAUUACAACAGUAUGCACGUUUCCGCUCAGCACGGGGGUUGUAUACGGGUAGAUGAUCAAAUAAAGAAGAAUCAUGAACAAAUCCCGAAGUAACAAAUCUCUCAGCUGGGAGUGGGCUCGUAGAACACCGCCAUCGCCUACAUCUGGCCUCACUGACAGUCACUGGACAGCGAUAGCUUCUCAUUGAAGUCCGUUGGCUAAUCACCAGACAUUGCAUGACUGAGUGCAAUGGGAAACAUUGCAGAUACGGUAUGAACGUUGCGUCUCAAGGUCUCAAUGGGCGCUUUCUAACCAAGUUUCCUCUAAUAGAUAGAGUGAUGGUGUUUCACAGGGAGGUGUGACGGUCCAUUCCGUAGAAACUUUAAACUCUUGUAUCUUUUUCUGGGAACUCUUCCGUUUGAGUCCGCCGUCUCGGUUCGAUGCCCUUGACUGGAAGAAGACACAAGGAGGAAAAUGGAACUGGCCCUGACAUAUAGCAUGACUCGUGAAAGUCGGGUUACAGAUGUCCGUAAAUAUUUCUGAUCCAUUUUUGUGGAGCGGUAUCACAUGAACAAGCGCGAGGCGGCAACGGCGCAGCCUCCAGGAAAUGGAUGCCAGUGCCCUUAAUGCCUACUGGCACUGGCAUUGCGGACUAAAA